AGAAAAUGAGUUAUUCUUACAGUACGAAACAGUACGAUGCAGGUGGCCUCAAGUCGAAGGUGAACCAUCAUGAGUUUUUAGAGGUCAGAGAUGGGCCAGAGGAGUAUGCAGGCUUUGAUCUAGAGAGAUUUAAGGGAGGCCUCAUGGAUAAGUUUGUAAGAGAUACUGAGGAUAUUGCUAAUGAAAACGAUAGGAUUAAGUCAGACGCAUUGACCAGGAUUGAUGAGUAUGAAAGAAAUAAUAUCAAUGAAAGAGAGUUCGAAAUGGGUGAAGGCAGCCUCUCUUUCCAAAGAAAGACAAUCUCUGAGAAAGUCUCCAGUACGAAUCAGGAGUUUGAUAGAUCAACCAAAGAAGCAGCAAGCGAAAAGAGAAGGCUUAGGGAAGAAAUGGCUGAUUUAGAAGACGCUCUCAGGAAGGUCAGAGAUGAACUCGCUGAGACAGAACUUGAAAACCAAAAUUUCCAGACCAUUAUCAAUGCUUUUGAGGAUAUCCAGGGCCAACAGAGGGAUGCUGAAAUGAAUGCUGUGAGAACUGUGAAUACAGAUUUGAAAGACCAAAUCUCAAAAUUAGAGCAUGAAUUGAACUUCGCUGGAGGAGCUACUGAUACUCUCAAUAUGAAAUUUGGCCUUGAAGAGAAGUACUCAAGCGCUAAAGGUGAUUUUGAGAACUUUAUAUCUGAAGCCGAGGAAGGUAAAAAGAGAAUUGAUGAUGAACUUGCCAACCUCAGGCACAAAAUUUCUCAGAAGAAGAAUGAAAACAAUGUCCUUCACAAGGAUGUUAAUGAUAAUGAAAGUCAGAUUAAUAAGCUAAAUGAUGAGAUUACUCGUCUCUCAAGAGAUAUCGAGCAACUCAAGAAGAAAAAUGAGAACAACAUCAAAUCUCUUGAAGAUGAUAGAAGUAGAGCAGAAAAUGAUCUGAUCGAUACUAAUAAGAAGACUGCUGACCUUAAGCACGAGAUAGCUAAACUCAAGAUCUUGAUUGAGAAGACUAGAAAUGAGAUUGAUUAUCUCACCAGUGAGAAGGACAAGGCUAGAGGGCAAGGAUAUCAACGUAAAAUUGAUGAAUUCAAUAAUGUCAUCACUGAGUCUGAGAGAAGAACCAAGAAGCUUAAGGAUGAGCUUGGUACACUCAAUAAUGAGUGGAAGGAUAAGGUCACUAAGACCUCAAAAUUAGCUUCCAGUUCUAUUGGCAGAGGUGAGGGUGAAGAAGUUGCAAAGAGAAUCAGACUUCUCACAACAGAACUCAACAACAAAAAUAAAGAACUUGAAAGCCUUCGAUCCCAGAAAUCAACUCUUGAGAGGGAGGUAGCUGAUGACGGAAGUGGCCUAGACGAUAAGAUCAACAAGCAAAGAGACCAGCUUGAUGAGCUCAACAGGAAAUACCUAGCUUCUUUAGAAGAGAAAAAUGGAAUCAACGAAGAACUUACAGAACAAGUUAGGAAACUUUUGGAUUUGAAUUUUGUAAUCCAAAAGAACUCCGAACAAAUUGCUAUUGCAAAACAAGAAAUUGAGUUUUUAAGGAAAGAAAUUGAACAAAAGAGCAAGCUUGUAGGAGACCUUGAGUACGAAGUCGAGCAGAGAAGAAACCUCAUCAUUGAUCUGAGAGAAGAGAUCGCUGAGAAGAACCUCAUCAUUGAUGAACUUGAGCAGCCGAGAGAUGAAAUCGAUACCAUUGAGAUGCUUAUCAAAGAGAAAGAUGACAUUAUUAGGGAACUUGAAGCUCAGAUAAGAAACAGAUCGAUUAGAACGAAGUCAACAAUUAAGGAGACCAUUAGAGUAGAGUCUUCAUCAAGUGGAUUCACCCCAGACUCUGGAGAUAAUGUAGAUGUGAUGCUUCAUGAUUACAUUCAAGGAGCUGAACACUCAAUCCCAUUCAAGAAAUUAGGCGGUGGACAUUACAUGUUUGGAACUAAGAAAAUAUAUGCAAAAAUUAUGAACGGAAACUUGGUGGUAAAAGUCGGAGGCGGUUUCAUGUCAAUCGAAGAGUUCAUCGAAGCCUACGGUGAAUCGGAAUUAGAAAAGGUUAAAAACAGAAGAGCUAAAGGCCUAGAUAUUUUUGAUGGCUCCAGUAGGGGAUCUCCAAAAGGAAGAUACUAAAGAGUUCAAAAUAAUUCACUAAAGAAGUUGAUAUUCAAAUUUCAUUUUU